CUGAUAUCCAAAAUGGAGGAUCAAGACAGAGGAUUUCGUCGAGGACGAGGCGGUCGUAGAAGAGAGAGAGGCUUUAGAGAACGGCCUUCAAGGGUAAGGAAUGUUAUUUUCAAAUUUCCCCACCUUUUUGCUGCGAGCUGUAACCACUUGUUGGAGAUAAGUAAACUUAUAAUCCGCUGAGAUAUGGGCUAACAGUUUUAAGUUACUGAGCUUUUGAAAACAUUAUAGGCAGAAGCGUCUUCGUAUAUUUGGAAGUUCAUUCAUACAAAAAGCAGCUUAGUUACUUAGAUGUAUCUUUAUAUUUUAAAAAAAUGUUGUGACUGAAGGUAUUAUUUGGUUAAGAUAAUUUUUGCACAUUCACAAAAUGAAUUGGCAGCUUUUGAAAAAAAGAUUGUCGGGAUACACACUUUAGAUCUUUUUUUUAUAAACUUUAGAUAGUUACCUUUUCCCCCCUUUUUUUUGUAACACAGGAAAUGCUAUAGAUGAUGGCUUUCAAGUCAUAGAAUAGGAGAGUAAAUUUAUGGAAUUUUAUAUCAUCUAGCUAGUCCACCUAUAUUUAUUCAGCAUCAUGGUUAUUUUUCUUCAGGGUAAAGGAGAUGGUCCCAUGGGAGCACAUGCUGCAUCCCCCACAGUACCACCCAUGAAGACACCCAUCAUACUCACCAAGCCUUCUGCAGAUAGGGUCAGCGUCAAAAAUUUCACUUUACUAUACUGCAUUGUUAUAAUUGUUUGUUAUUUAAUUGCACUAUAGGGGUGCGCAAAUAUUAUGCUAUAAUUUUAGGUAUGAGUGGGAUAUUUACCAUGCUGAGACAAACAUAUGAAGCAAAGGCUAUUGCUUCUUUCUUCAUUACACAAUGAGAAUUGAAUCUUUGACCUACCUGUAAAUGGAGGGUCCAAAAUAGACUUUUCCAAUUUUGCAUCCAGCUUCUAUUUUCCAUUCCAUUCUGUUGUCCUGCCACAGUAAAAAUUUUCAUAUGUAUCCUGCCUGGUUAAAUCCAAGUUGCUCUAGUUCACCACCUUUAUUUAACUGAUGGACAAAUUAUAGCUUUGUUUACAAUAUUGAUAAAUAAAUGAACUCUUCCUUCUUUAAUUUUUUCUCUGUGGAGGAAAUUGUAUCCACUGCUACCCUUUUUGUAAUAAAUCACAACACAGGUUGCAAUGCUAUAGGUCUUUUAGGUUUCUGAGGCUAACAAUGUCAAAAGUUUCCCCGUCAUGGAAAUUGCACUGUUAUGAAAGAACCAGCAAUGCUGUCAACAUGCUCAAUGUGCUCUUUGACCACCUUUGUCUGGUCAAGGUCUUUUAACAUGGGAGGAGACCUUGUGUUGGACUAGCAUCCCAUCCAGUGGAGAAUGUUAAAUUUAUUCCUAGUUGCUUUGUGCUAAUGAAACGGUGAUAAGUUGUGAUUGGGUGGGCCAAUAGGCUGGAGUACAGUCUUUGCCUUUCAUCACUCAGCUACAGCACCCUUAAUUUCAUGGUAGUCAUAUUUAUGGCACUCUCAUAAUGUUUAUACUGCUUGAAUGUUGAAAUUACUCGUGGAUUUAAUUUGAAGUGGUAUACAUGGAAUAAAGUAAUGAAUAUUAUAUUCUAACUGUUACAUUUGUAGGGACAAGAAACGCCAGUGAAGCAAAUUUUGAUAAAACCAAGGUAAUAGAGUUGUCCAUGUUCAAUAGAAACAAAGUACAUUUAUCAAAUUUUUUAAUUCAUGCAUUGACACAUGAAGUCAUUAAUCUCUGUCAACUGUGAUGAAAAUAUUCAUGACCAAAACUUACUUUUUGAGCGUGAAAUUAUUUGGAUAUUUAGCCAAAGAUUCAUAAGUCACUUAAAAAAUUGAGAAUGAUAAGUUUUGUUUUGUCAACUGAGUUUAAAUAUAACUUGGUUAAGGAAGGAGUUUCUAAAGGUGACAUUUUGAGUAUUAGCCUUGUGUGAGAGGGAGUGGAAGGAAAGGUUUACUUCAAGUAAAAAAUUUACAGAGCAGUAAUUGUGUGCCUGAGGCGGAUCAAUAGUAACAGUUUCAGUUACCAGAGAUUAAAUUGGUUUACAGGUGAGAGAUUGGUCUGGUAUAAAUAUUCUCUAUUUAUGAGCUGCAGUAGGUAUGCAAGUUGUUUUUGUUUCUGUCACUGAAACUGAUAUAGCUUAUUGGCUGCUAAGAGGUUUGAGAUAUCAUAAGGAGGGGUUAAAUUGUCUAUUAUUUGACUUUCUAUAAAUUAUUCUUCUGAAGAUGUCUUCCACUAAAAAUAGUCACCUUUACCUUACAUAUCCUAAAGGGAACAGUUACCAGAGGCUUCAGUAAGUUCUAGUGCCCCUCAGCCAGCCACAUCACGUGGAAAGACUAUUUUGUCUGAUCAUCCAGCUGGCCAAGGAACUGAGAGAUCUACAAGCACUGCAACAGCACUCAGUAUGGGUGGUGCAACAGGAGGGCCAGUAUCAGGUAAAAUAAGUGUAUUGCCUAGGUGUGGGAUGUUCCUCUAAAUUUGGACAUUUUUACUUUUCUGUGUAUAAUGUUCAUGUACAUGAAAAAGUUAUAUGCAUCUGAUUAGCUGAAAAGGAGUGCAUUCUAAUGUAACAUGAGUGCAAAGUUGUAACACAAUUGUAAAUUACAAAUUGCACACGUGCUGUCAAAAUUUCGUCUGAUGUGACUUUCUGUGAUGCUUUUUCAUGUAAAUUAUUGAAAAGUAACAACAUGAUUUCUCAUGCAAUUUGAUGUAAUAAGCACUUGUAAAUUUUUCUAAGACAACAAAUUGCACUCACUCUCCAGGCUUGUGCAAUUUUGUUGUCUUUGAAAAAUUUACCUGUGCUUGUUAACACCAAAUUGCACUGAAAGCAUCUUAUUACCUAUACUAAUUUUGUUGGUAGCAAUCUAGUGAAUUGUUUCGUUUCCUCAGGAACAAGUGCAAGUGUUGAUGCACUUGCAACCAACAUGGCCUCUCUCAAACUUGGUCUACACAGUCAUGAUGGAGCACCACAAGUAUUAAAACUGCUGGAUGAGAAUCUUCAGUGGAAUGAUGCUGCUUUAGAGGUAAAUCUAUGGACUAUGACAGAGAAUUUUAUCCAAUAUACUCAGUUGUGAUGCUUUUUCCUGUUGUAAAUGUAACAUAUUUUAAUGUAAAAAUGCAAAAAUUAUCUCCUGUAAUACCUUUUUUAAUCUCCCAGUUGGAUGGAGUUUUGAUAGAUGAAAAUUCAGUUGUGAUCAAGGUUUGCACUUGUCACAAAAAUUCUGGAACCUUCAAAAGUAUUGAUUGAAGCUCUUAUCUAAUAUUUAGUGAAAAUGAUUCAUGUGGGAACAAAUUUGUUGGAAGUACUGUUUUUAGAAAUGCUUACUAACUUAAUAGAUAGUUUUUCAAUCACUCUUUAACACUCAAUUAUUUGCCAUUUUUUAGAUGCUUCUUGAUCAAACAGAUUUCUUGGUUGUGGGGGUCAUUGGUCCACAAGGUGUUGGCAAAUCAACUCUUCUCUCUGUUCUGGGAGGAGCUGGGCCUUUUACUGACUCCAGGUUUGUGAUUCUUCAGCUUCACUGUUUUGUUAAAGUUAACUGAAUUGUUGUAUCUCUGUCAGUGAAAAAAUUAUUUCAACACAUUGUUUUCAAUUGACAUCAUGACAGUCAUGUUGGUCUACAAAAACGAUGAAUAACCAGCUUUUUUGGGCACCAAGUUGUUUUCCUGCAGACACUUUCAUUGAUUUGCUCCAGUGAACUUUCAUAGCAGCUGUUUCCAUGCAAGUGAUGACUUGUUACUUUUUCUGUUAUGAUGUAAUCACUUAUAAUUUUGUGGAGUUUGGACCUAUGAGAACUAGUUAAAAAUUAUUCACCAAAGUGAAGGUGAAUUGAGAUGGAUAUUUAUUGAGCUGUGAAGCAGGGAGGUAGGUGUUUGCCACUUUCACCAACACUGAGGGGAAUAAUGGUUUUAGUUUUUAACGACACAGAAAUUGAAAAUUAGUUUAUUUAUGUCAGUUUUGUCUCUUCAGCUGCUCGGAAGUGAAUAAAACUUGCUAAUCACUUACAAACUAGCCAAUCAGCACGUGCAAAAAGCAAUGUUCACGUGUGUGGUAUAUACUAGUCUCUAAUAAGACUUGUUAAGUGUAAUCUGAGAAGUGCAAAAUACUGUGGCUGGGAUUGCCUGGUUUUCACUUUUGAUGAGAGCAUUACCAGCAGGUGAUUUAAAAAUAUUUCCACUUUCUUGGCUGAUCAUGAGCAGUAUGGGGUUGAACUGUAGUGAUCUACCUCACAAGGGAAAUUUUCUCGAUUUAACCUUCAUGGUGACACUCACAGAGCUUGAGCAAGGACAUUAUUAAUAAUUUGUAAUUGUGAUCAAUGAUUGAAAUCAAUUUUUAUUAGUAACUUCUUUCUCUCUCAAAACGUUUUUAGGUCUUGCUUAUUUCCUGUGCAGUCAAGACAGGUUCAGGUCAGUUGAAGGUUCUCUAAAGUGCUGAAUCAAUAUCAUAUUGAUAAAUGUAAGCAAAGCAUGUGUCAGACACAGUAACCUUGUGGUUAAUGGGUUAGACUGUGAAUGGAGAGGUCCUGGUUUGAAAUCAGGCUGGGUCUGUAUGUUCUUGGUAAAGACACUUUACCCUCUCAAAGCUACCUUCACCUCAGAGGUAAAACAGGGUUCUCGUAACCUGUGAGCUCGAGGGAAAGCUUACAAAAUGAUAUAGGCUUGGGUUGGGAUGGAGCAACUCGUGAUCAAAAAAGUAUCCCAAUCCAUGGCCAGAGGAUAGUCAUAUUUUAAAAUCAAACUGUAAAGAAUAGAGAAGGAGGUUCUGGCACCCUAGCCAUCCAUUUUGUUUCUUCAGCUGAGAGUUUUAUUGCAUAAUUUCCAAAACUUUUGGAUCACUUGUCCCCUAACCUUACUUUUAAUUCCUUUAACUUUGUGGCACAUUUGUUGAGUGUUUUUGGUUUGUUCUUUGACAUUUAUAAAUGAUUGAUUAUUCACUGAUUGCCUGGGUGUUGUGUAGGAGGAUGGAACCAAUCAAAGUACUGGUAUUGAUUUGGCUGUUACACAAGAAAGAGUCAUUCUUUUGGAUACUCAGGUGCUGUCAUUUAAUCUUGAUUGUAUUAACAGUUGAUACUUUUUCAAUAAACCAAGCUCACUAACCAAGAUGAUACAACCAAUCAGUCCCCUCCCAAUCCUACCAAUAAUGGAAUCUUCAUAGGUGAAAGACAAUGUUAAUUUUAGAAUGAUAGCCAGGUUUAGAAGGGAUACUGAAGAAAAAUUACUGCUAGGUUUUCAUGGGAAUGGCAACAUAUGAGAGAAAUUCUCCUAAAAGGCACAGCCCUCAUAUAUGAAUGAGGCUUUAUAUGGGGAAUAUACCUAAAAUACUAUUAUCGUAUGCCUUAAAACAGAACAAUAUCUUAUGAGUGAGUGCAGUGAAUGAGUAAGACAUUGUUCUUACCACUUGAACAUGAAAUACAUAUAUUCUUGUCACCAUGUAAUAUCCUCUAUAUACAAGCAUAAAUUUUGCUCUUUGCUCACAUUUUCCUUUUCCUGCAAGGCUUGGAAAAGUGCAUUUAAUUUAAACCAUCAAAUUAGGUGUGUGGGGUUGUUUUUUAUUGUGGGCUUGUUUCUUCCCAUGAAAGCAUAUUUAUCAUGGAUAUUUGUUUAUGAUGUUGUCUUCAUUUUUUUUCCUUGUUGAUAAAUGUAGCCUUUGUUAAGUGCAGCCUUGCUCGACCGUUUGAUCCAUCAUGAUCGUAACAUUCCUCCGGAGUAUACUUCUCCAGAGAACUACAACGAAAUUCAGGUACAGAUAAAUUUCAUGAUUACAGUAGAAAACUUUUCAUUUAUAGUCUUGAAUUUACAAAUUCUUCUUUCAGAUUGUUUGGAAUGCUUCAUAUUCAGGAGCUCAUAAAUUAUAUUGCUUUUUUCAGGAUUUGAUAUCUUACAAUAAUUCCCUAAAAUUUCUGAGAGCACUGAUGCUUCUGUUGAAAUGUUAGAAAAAACAUUUUUGGAGGGUUUGAGCAGGAACCCACAAAUAUUUCAUAGAUUUUCUAUUGACUUUUGUGGCUCAGUUUACCUCCUAAAUGAAGUCUGGAUGUGGUAUACAAAUUUUUGAUUACUAGAUAAUUCAGUUUUAUGAAAAUAGUUUAUAAGCUUUUUGUUUUCAAAUCACUCUACUGAGACCACCAAUUCACAGUAUCAACUCAGGUCAGGUGAUGACCCAAAUUAUCUUGUAAUACCCCCUCCCCCCCUCCCCCCCUCCCUUUCAUCUCCUCUGAUGCAGCACCUCAGUUUUGUUAGAAAUUUGCCCUCUCAUAUCAUGAAUUUUUAAUUACGCAUAAAUGCCUCUUUUACCAUUUAGAAAUGAGAUUUAAUUCUUGUUUCUUAUAUUAUUAGUAAAAGUGCCCAAUUCAAUUUCAGACUUUUUGUAUCCUUGGAUCUUCUAAAUGCAGUGCUGGAUAAUUCUAAUUUUCAUCACUCUGUGAUUGGACCAAAAACUUGCGUCUCUCUCAACCAAUAAGAUGUAAAACUGAAACCAAUCACGACUUAAUCACCCUCAUUUCAAUCUUGGCACCCUCGUGUUCAUCUUGACAUACUGUUGACCUUUUCUCAUUUUUCCUUUUCUUUUUUUCAGUCACUGCAAAUUGUCACUUUCCUCUUAACAGUAUGUCAUGUGAUUUUAGUUGUACAAGAUUGGUUCACUGAUCUCACCAUAUUAAGGUAACAUCUUUUGCUUGUGUGUUAACCCUUUUUACUUGUAACAUCAGUUUACAUAUUCUCCAUACUGUUCUUUAUACAUUUUCUAAAGUGCCACCAGAAAGAAAUUGUUUAACAAUCAAGAGAUUCUUUGGUUGCUGAUCAUUUCUUUUAUUCUCGUGAGCUUAACAAGUGAUUUGGGGUUGAUAUUGUAAGGAGAAUCUAGAGGUCAGUCUCUCUCAGGGGUCAAAGGGAGCUUAACAAGUGAUUUGGGGUUGAUAUUGUAAGGAGAAUCUAGAGGUCAGUCUCUCUCAGGGGUCAAAGGGUUAAGUUGCUUUUGUUUGUGUUUUAAGUUGUACAAGAUUCAGUUUCAACUCUUUGCUGAUCUUCAGUAACAAGGUGCUUUACAAAAAGUUAAUCUGGCCGUGACCAAAGCAACUGCGUUAGCUUGGGACCUUUAGUUUGAAGGGUGGAUAGCGCUAUCCAGAUAAAUCACCAUCCAACGGCCAAGUGUAACAAAAUGUACAGUGCUAUCCACCACAUAGUGACUUAUCCAGUGGAUAGCAUUAAAAUUUAUCCACCCCUCAAUUACCCGGUGGUCCCUUGUGGUACGAACCUUGGCAUAGCUGGCCAUGUUGUACUUUAUUUCACCGUCGGAGUAUUUGGUAUUGUUUUCUGUAAGGCACAAAAUUACUUUCAACGGUGAGGGAAACCACAGAGCAUCAUAGUCAGUGGUAAGAUAGAAAAACACCUAACAUGGGAAGACUAAACCAAGAGAGAUGGAUGAUAACAAAGGAUGGAGAAGGAAUCACACAGAUUACAGAUAACUUGAAAAGAUGAAUCUAAACGUUUAACAUUUACAGACUGUGUAGUGGGCUCUUAAAAGAUACCACUUGCAAAAAAUAUGGGAAAAAAAAGUCUGCAAAGUUGCCUUAACUGCUAUAAUGUUAAAUGAUCCCAGCUGGUAUAUCAGAUGAACAUAAUUUGUUUGUUUGUUUUUUAAUUUUCAGGCUUUUAAAAACAGCUGAGAUGUUGAAGCCUUCAUCAACCAGCCACACCUCGCAUGAAUCCUCUGGGUGAGUGAAUGGUUGAAAAUAUUUAUAUCCUCUGCCCUCAGUUAUCUUAUCAUAGGGAAUGUUUUAAAACUGAAUGAAUGUUAAAAAACCAAAGUAAUCACACACAUUUAUCAGAAUAAAAGUGAAUAUUUUAAGGAGCUAGAGAGAAGUAAAAAGGAUUUAUAACAAGAAAACCUCAUCAAGCAUAGGAUGCUAAAAGAGUUCUAGCCAAUAGCAGAGACUGGAAAAUGCAAGAAUGAUAACACGAAGAAAAAAAGGAGGUUGUUUCAUUGCUUUUUUUAUUUGUUUAACAGCUUAGGGUCUUCAGACGAGUCAGAUGAGAAUUAUCCAAACAUAGGUAAGACAGGAGCAGUUUACGUUGCUUUCAGAUAUGAUUUGCUACCCUGGUAAAAUCCAUCUCGGUCACAUGCUGAAAUACAACCACUUAUGUCUCUCACUUCUAAAGAUUCCGUGUAGGGUGCUGUGUCCUGAUGAAAAGUGAUUAAGUUUCCUUGGCAGUAAGCUCUGACAGAAUUAGUGCAUUAGGAGAGUAGGACACAAGUUAACGCUGAUCAGACUUUCAAAAUAUUUACAUGCUUGAACUGCGAGAAAAAGCAACUUGAAAUGCGUCAAACUGACGCUGCAAUUGUUGUGAAGCAAUGUUAAGCAUUCCGUGUUAGGUCUGAAUGAUUGGGAGGAUUGACAAAGCUUUGAGAUUCGUUACCAGUUGUUUUCACAAUGUGGUCAUUUCCCUCAGUGAACUCCUCACCACACCCUUGAGCUGAGCACAUCACGAAGAAGACUAAACACGAGUCAACUAGCAGCUUUUUCAUUGCUUUCACUACGCUUAUAUAAGUUGUUUCAAUGCGAUGAGAUCAUUGUGUCAUUCUUUCUAUUGCAGUUUUUGUGUAUAACAAAGCCACAAGGGAGGAUUUUCACCAUGAAAACCUGAGCUCUAUGCAUUAUGCAACCAGCACUCUGUUUCAGCACUCAAGAUUGAAGUUACAAAGUAUACAUUAGCCUUACUAAUAUUUUAACUCCCAAGAUCUGAUUAGCCAUUUUCCUCUUUAAUUUCUGUGUAUGCUCAUGUAGAUCAGUUACAAGAAACCAUUCUUAAAGCAAGAAAACAGGAAUGGCUUCUUGUUUGCAAAAACGUUGCAGAAAAAAAAAAUUCAAAAAGUGGUUCAGUCAAAAGAAAGACCUUUUUUUGUAAUUUUUUCAGGUUCUGUCUUGAAACAAAGCUACAGAACCACGGGAAAAAGGGGAAAUGCUAGUUGUAGUCCUCAUCCUCAUACACUGGUUGAAUUUCUUUAUUUUUGUUGUUUCAGCUGGUAUUUCUCUGUUGAGCUCAAGCUUGAUGCCUUACAGAACACUUCUAACAUCUUGUGAUGAUAUGAACAUAUUCGUGGUACCAGUCUAUCAACCACAUGGAGGUAAAAUUUAGCAGUAUGAAUUGAACCACAAUUCUGUCAACAUAAAACAUGCCCAAAUUUGACAGAUUUUCCAUAAAUGAAAAGUCUUUUUCGCUUUCAACAUAAAUUGCAGACUAUUUUCAGCAAUUAUGUAAUUUUCUUCUUAACUGAGAGAGGUAGAAAAAGUUUGUUUAAAAAAUGCUGAAAGGGAGUGAUUUGCUAACUUUUGACUGUCCUCUCAAGAUUCUGUGUGGGUUAUUCAUAAACCGAUAAUAGGUGUGUUCUGUUUCUUUCAUGCAAUAGCUUCAAAAUACUUCGUUUUGCUGUGUAUUUGUUGGCUUUAUUACACCCAUUUUGAAGUCACUGGUGGUCUCUGUAAUCUGAUUGGCUCUAAUUGGUGCGAUUUAUUCUCAAAUCACACCAUUUUGCUUUAAAUCGCAUCUUUUUUCCAACCAAUGAGCAGGUCACACUAAAAACAAAACAACCGAUCAGAUUUCAAGGCUUGUUUAAAGUAACCAAUCAAAUUGAAAGACAAAGAGUAUCAUGUGGCAAAUUUUGCAACUUUUGUUUCCAAGACUCUUAUUUUUCCCCCCCCCCCAAAAAUGGAUGAAUUUAAUUUCAAACCGGCUCAGUACUGUAUCAAUGAAAUAUAAGAACUGACCAAGUCCUGUAUUUGGGCAAUUUCAAAAUGGAUGUAAUAAAGUGGUAACUGAACCUUGUGUUGUGCAAUUUUGGUCUGAAAUCAUACUUGUGAUUUCAAAUUCAGCGUAUGAUCUCAGCCAAAAUUGCACUCCACUCAGUUUAGUUACCAUUAUUAAUACCCAAUGCGGUAUUUGAAUUGUUAAAGCACGCGUGGUAUUAAAGUUAUUUUAUAGAUUACAUUUUGUUCUUUUUUUUUCUUCUUAAGGGAAUGGAAUGUGCACCAAGUCACCCACAUAUCAGGGACAUCCAAGCUUUGAUGUGGUCUUACACAGUCUCCGGAAUCAGGUUACCUUUCUUGUUUUAUUAGGGAAAUUUCCAAUGGAAUGUUGAAAGUGAUAUGGAAUUGCAUUCGUUUUGCUUUACUUCGCUAAUUAUUGGUCCAAAAAAGCGCACCACUCUCUCAGUCAAUCAAAUGCAAAACUAAUACCAAUAAUUGGUUUUAGUUUUGCAAUUAUUGUGACUUGAUGUCCACGUUUUCCUGCGCUUCAGGUAGUUCGAUUGUUUUACUUUGAAUCCUUAUUGGCUCUUAAAGGUCUUUUCCUUCCGUCUGAUUAACUGUUGUAAUUACUUUCAUUGGUUUUGAUUUUAAGACUCUUAAUCAAAAAGUGCUCUAUUAUUCAUUUGUGAAUUGUAUGGCUUAUCACUUGUCUGUUUGUCACCAUAACCCUUGUAACAAACUACUGGCUCAGUUAAUUUGUUGAGUAGUUUUGGGUUGGCCUGUUUGGAAUUGAGUCAACUAUGAAACAUUACAUCAAAUUAGAUCAGACUUUGAGCUCUUUGAAGCGACAACCCCUAUCUGAAUAUGGCUCUGUUUCAUGUCUCUGUAACUUCCUUUCACAAAGCCUUUUAUUUUAUCAUUGCUUGCAUUUCUAGCAUCUCAAGCCUAUUUUGACAAAAUGAAAGCCAGAUGCAUUGUGUGCUGGACAACUCACGUGUUUUUUAUUUCCUUUUUAAUUGCCUUUUUCCAUUGAAUUUAUUGUUUGGUUUCUCAUUUUCCCGGGUUGAAAUGAAAGUUAUUCCCCUCUGAUGAUAAUGUCACAACUUCCUUUCACUCAUAGUUAACUGUUGUUUUGUUUUCAGGUAUUUUCUGUUCACAGACACCUCCUUACUCAUCAUUCCCUGACAGAGAGAAAUUGGUAAUAUAUCACCCGACUGUUUUUUGUUGUUGUUGCUGAAUUGUCCUGAGAGGGAAGUUUUUGUACUCCUGUAUGCUAAGGUUUUGCAUGACGCUCCUCUCGUGUCACGUUUGGUCAGUCCCUUCUGCCCCAAUGAUUCGUGACUACAGCACUUCUGUUUUGCGAAAAAAUAAUGCAAACAUGUUAUGAUAAGGGAACAGGGUAGCCUUAAGAAUCUUUUGAAAGUGAAGAGAUGACAAAACAAGUUUUUUUUUAUGGGGGGAAAGUGCAAUAUUGAGUACUUUUGUUCUCAAAUUAAACCAGAUAUGUGAAAUAGAUUGUACUUUGACAUGAGCCCAUUACCCUGGUGGGCUACUGAUCUUGACCAGUGGUAGAAGUAACAAGUGAACUGCAAUGAAGAUAAUCAAAGAAAGAGAAGUUAACAUGGGAUGAAAGGACCUUUAAAUUUCCUUCCAACGUGUUGCUUUGUUGCUUAGUUGGUGGCAACUCCCUACUGUUAACAUCAAACUAGUAUCACACUACUGGUGUGUUCCACCUCCCCCUCCCUUGUAUUAUCCACUGAUUACACCCCACUGGUCUCUGCGAGACAUUUGUUUAAUCCUUGUGGAGGCCUGAAGUUUUUUACCUUGAUUGAGGUACCUCUCUAAGGAUCAACUCUUCAUUUUUAAUAUUCUUUGUUUCAAGGUUUCACUUUGCUGCUCGUUCCUGGGAAACUGUCAGAAAAUCAAGUUUGAUCUCCGAGUACAACAGACUCCUUUGUUCUCAGUAACAAGAGACACUUCUGAAGUGUUAAUAGGAGACGGGGCUCUGUAGCGAUUCGGUUCAGCUUUUAGGGUACUGGAUGAAGGUUGUGGAGAAUUAGUUCCUCCCAAGGAAGAGACUUUGAAUUCUCUAUAAGAAGGUGUUACUCAGUUGUGUAAAUAACUCUUAUCUUACUGAUCCAAAUAUUGAAAUAAAU